AACAGCUAGGAAUUCCCACGCAUGACGCAACGGCAACUAUCUAGCUGGACGCUUCCCAUUUUCUGGAAUUGUGAGUAAAAAUUUUUCUCAGUAACCAAACAGGAAAUUCUACCGAACCAAUGAGGAUUUCCACCAUGUUAUCCCCUAUCAGAUGCACUGGCAAACCUUCCGCUCUCUCUUCCAUCUCGCCAUUCCAACCCCAGAGUUUUCUCCCCAUCAAGAAACCAUCUUUUCUCGAAAUUCCAGUCUCAAUCAAGCAAAAACGGUAUCUCUGCAUGGCUUCGAGUACUAGAUCAGAAGAUGGAUCUCAGAAAUCAUCGAUUCAGGGAGGGGAAGCAUUUUUCAGGAGCGUUUUGGAAGGCAUGCAAUCAGUGUAUUUGAGUAGAAACCCCACAGCGAAGGCCAUCUUGGACCUUGUUGAAUCUACUGACAAUAGUCAAAUCUGCUAUGACCAUCUGGCAUUCAGGACAUUUGGGGUGAAUGGCUACGGAAUUGAUUCGAUGGCUAGUUUUUUUGUGGAUUAUGGCUAUAGGCCUCAGGAAGAGUUGAGGUUCCCAGCUAAAAAGUUGAAAGCCCUGUGGUUUUCUCCUCCUAGAAACUCGUUUACUGGUUCUGGCAGUGGUAUUCAUGGGCCUUUGCCAAGAGUUUUCAUAUCAGAGUUACUUGUAGACCAGACAAGUCCGCAAGCUCAGGAAAUAAUUAGAAGAUACACCAGUACUUCUGGUGUUGGACACAAGUAUGCAGCUUUAGCAAGUUCUCUUGGAAUUUUAACAUGGGAUAAGCCCUCUUAUUCUGAUUUUCAAACAUUGGCAAGUGAAAGUGAGUAUGCUGCUUGGACCCUCGUCAAUGGACAUGCCCUGAACCAUGUUACUAUUUCCACUCAUCGACUGAAGUCACAUUUGAGAAAUAUAAAGAAUCUGAAUCAGUUUAUUGAGGAAAACGAUAUCAGACUGAAUUCUGAGGGAGGAGUUCUGAAAGUGAGUCCUGACGAUCUUCUCCUGCAAAGCUCAACUGUAGCAGAUUCAGUUGAUUUCCUAUUCUCUGAUGGCAUAACCAAAUCUGUUCCAUGCUCUUACAUCGAAUUCGCUGAGCGCCUUGUACUGCCUCAAUAUAGAAAUUUGGCUGAUUCAGAGGUCAAAGAGCAUCAUAGGAGGGAUGGCUUUGAGGUUGGAAAUGCUGAUAAGAUCUUUGAAAGCACAUCCAAGGUGCAGUUAAGUGGAACUGGAUCAUAAGAUGACCAACCAAGAUUAAGUACCCUUUAUUACUUUCCUUGGGAAAGUGUUAGCAUAUUAUAUCUGGAUAGUCUAGAUUAAAUGCUUUUAUAAUUCAUCUAGGUUCUACCUGUAAAGGUGUGUUAAGAUUAGGUAUUUAGAUUUGAUAUUUUCUCAUCAUGAAAAAUCCUGAUAUGAUUUAUGCACCUUAGGCUAAUAAAUCUCAUGUUCUUGAAAA